AUGCCAAAUCUGAUAAAUACACACCGAGGUCCUUGGUCCGGGGAAGAGUAUCAGUUUGUCCCGAAGUUCAACCCCCACUUGGUUAAUUCAGGGGAAAGGUGGCGAACACACGCGGGUCCUCUCAAUCUACCGGUGGUGGGACAGACCUUGGCCAUUCCUGGAGCCCCGAAUCGAGCUCGGUCCUCCUACAGGUGUCAGAACUGCGGACGCGUCUACUCAAGCACCAGUACCCUUCGACGACACGAGAAACUGGAGUGUGGCAAGGCCCCCGGGUACCAGUGUCAGAUUUGCAAAAAAAAAUACACUCACAAACACAACCUUGCCGCUCACAUGAAACUACACUACGAGGAGCCUAAAUACGCUUGUCUCAAUUGCGAUAAAAAAUUCUACCGCCGCGACAGGCUCGCGAAACAUGCCGCGUCGCAUUAA